UCAACAUAAGCUAUUCAUGAUAAUCAUUAUCAUCUGAAUUCGAUAUACAUAUUAACUGAACAGAUAAUUCCAGUAUCCGCGAUAAUAGUAUUAUGAAAUUCAUUUUGUAUUCAAUUGCCGUGUUAUGAACACGCCGCUAUCACAAAUUAUAAAAACUCGAUUUUCGACAAGUGAAAAACAUUAUUAACACUUAACAGUAUCAUCAACAUCAAAAAAAUCAAGAGAAUCAAACAUAUUUUACAAUACAUUAAAAUGCCCAGCAAAAAGAGGAAGUACAAUGCUAGAUUUCCAGCUGGAAGGAUUAAAAAAAUAAUGCGAAUUGAUGAUGAAAUUGGUAAAGUUGCAUUACCAGUUCCAGUUAUGAUUUCUCGAGCAUUGGAACUUUUUGUUUCAUCUCUUUUAGUCAAAGCUGGUGAUGUCACAAUGCAAAAAAGUGCAAGAACCCUUACUCUUGCCCACUUAAAGCAAUGUAUUUAUUCUGAUAGCCGCCUUGAUUUUCUUAAAGAACUAGUAAAAAGUACACCUGAUAAUUCUGAAGAAUGCAAUGACAUUGCAGAUUCAGCUGUUACUCAAAAUAAUCAAGUCAGCAAUAAUGAUAGUGAUGAUGAAACAACACCGAAGACAAUCGAACGAUACCUGUUGAACGGGUGUGCGUGCCGGCUGUCCACCGCCGAGUACCGGUGGAUGGUCACUCUUCCCGAGGAAGUGAGCGGCGCGCUGCCGUCAGACACGAUAUCUCGCCUGAGCGCAGUGCGUCUGCUGUUGUCCUCGCGCCGCCGUCGCGGCCAGCUGCAGCCGGCCGCGGACUCGAACCGCUGUCCGACCGCAGAGCGCGCGCAUUUGGCGAUGGUAUCCAGCACCAAGUGGUUCGAUGGAUUGCUAGCCGCGUUUGCGUCCGACGACGAUCACGUCAGGUACGUGGCCACGUGCGUGGCCACCGAAGCGGUGCUGGGCUGUGCCGACGACGGCGAUUCGCCGACACGCCUGAUCGACAAGCUGUUGCUGACGAUUACGACGACAACGACGAUGACGGUGACGAGACGGUCGUCGGCAGCGGCCAUCGAUGUCUUGACGCGCGUGCUAGACGCCAAGUCUGACGACCGACCGAUAUCGACGGCGGGAACGUCAUUUUGUCGGCACGUCGACGGCGACACUGCCCACUCGUUCGCCGCCGACGCGAUCGGCCUGGACGCCGUCAAAGUGCUAUUGCUGGACCGAUUGCACGAUCGGUGGUCGGACGUGGUGAACGCCAACCGCGACGACGAUCUGCCUGAAAUCGUUUGGCUGUGGACCGCGGUGUUCCGGUCGUUCCGGUCCGCGGGUCCGGUUCACCGCGCAAACAGCGAUCGGUUCUAUUCGGAACUGCCCGGCCUGGAGUGGCUGUUGUACCGGGCGGACACGGAACCGCUGGUGUGGCUGAACGCGGUCCGGUUGUUGGGCGCCGGUAUGCAGACGUCCGGUAGCCGGCCGACGUCCCGAAGCCUAGCGGGGCGCGCGUUGGCCGGCUUCACUCGGCGGCGGCUAUUGUACUUUAUGGACAAAAUGACGAGCGCUUUUGGUCGGCAUAACAGCCGGACGACGAGGGCGUUACUACAGGAAACCGUUCUGCUGGCGAUGCGGUCGUUGCGAGCGUUCGUCGCCGACGAUGACGGCUGCGGCGCCGACGCCGAUACUGUGACGACCAUCAGAGACGUCGUCGACUGUCUGGAUUCAUACGUCAAGGCCAGCGCGCUGUACGCGACCGACGUCGCGUUCUGCCGGUGGUCGGUCCGACUGAUGUGCGAUCGGGACGACGCCACCGUCGAGUGUCUGACGUGCGCGCUGGACGUCGUGGACGCCGUGCCGGCUGCCCGGCCGCUGGUCGACCCGUUCGCCGGCUUCGCCGAGCUCCUUAAGUGCGUCCAGUACGAACCGGAAGUGCUGUUGGACUAUCUCAUUUCCGACGAAAGCGAUUUCCUGUCGUACGCUUUGCGCCUGUUGAAGACCGCUUGCCGGGACGCCCUGCGCUUCUUCCGCAGCUUCGGCACUGGUUUGGACGACGCUAUGGGGCUCUUGAUCAGACUCCGGCUGAAGAUGCUGCGACUUCACGAGAACCGAGUGUUUCCGUACAACGUCAUGCCCAUCGCCAAACUCAUACAGCGCUGCGACGAGCUGUACACCGAAAUCGUCUCGUGACAAUUAUUGUUGUUGUCCUUAUAUGUUUUAUGUAAUGUGGUGCGGUUUGUGUGUACCUACCUUCGACGUGAACCGAUUCACGACCAAUCCGUAUUAUUGUAAUGUGUGCCAUUUAAAUCAUAAGUCUGAUUAUUUAAUUAUACUAUAUUUGUUUAACCGAUAAAUAUUUCAUGUAUAAAAUAUAUUCCUACUGUAUAGUA